AUGCAGUGCAUCGCAAACUGCAACACCCCGUUACUUUCAAAUCCGCCUGCUAUCGCCGUCACGCGCACGCGCGCGCUCCUCGUCGCGCUCGUCGCGGCGGCAGCCAUCGCGGGGCGCCUCGCGACACCAACGGCGGCGGCUCCGGCGGCGUCGUGGGGUCCCGCGUGCGUGAACGGGUUCCCGAAGCGCGCGCUGUGCCGCUUUGUGGAUGACUUGGCGGCGUCCCCGCUGGUGGAGGUGGACGGCGCGACGGGCAGCGCCGUCACCAUCGGGGUCUUCCAGAAACGCAUCAAAUUUCACCGUGACCUGCCAGCGACGAAGCAGUAUGUGUUCGGCGUGGACAGGGAGAGCGCUAGCUACCCCGGCCCUCUCAUUGUGGCGCUCCGACACACGCCCACCACGCCCUCCAUCCCCCCUUUCCUCCCCCUUCUCCCCCGUCUCUCCCCUCCUUCCCUCCUUCCCUCCUUCCCUCCUUCCCUCCUUCCUUUCCCCCUCCCAGCCCCCCACCUGCACGGCUCUGAAUCCCCAAGCCACUCCGACGGCCACCCGCACGCGUGGUUCUCGCAGCACGGCGACACCGGCACCGCCUUCUCCUCCGCCACCUCUACCUACCCCAACUCCCAACCCCCCGCCCUGCUCUGGUUCCACGACCAUGCCAUGGGGUACACGCGCCUCAACACCGCUGCUGGCAUGGCCGGGCUGUACCUUAUCAGAGACCCGACAGGCGUGGAGCAGGCGAUGAGUGGGUGGCUGCCGCAAGGGGAGUUUGACGUGCCACUGGUGCUUGCGGAUCGCCGGUUCAGGAAGGACGGGAGUGUGGUGUGGCCGUACAUGGCAGUGAAGCCUCGCCUCUACCGCCUGCGCCUGCUGGGGGCGGCCAACUCACGUGUGUACCGCCUGCGCUUCCAGUGCGCCGCUCAGAAGGACUACCCGCACCUCGUGCCGCCCCUGGACGGCCCCACUCUCUCCGUUCUGCAGAUCGCCUCAGACGGAGGGUACUUAGCAGCACCUGUGCGCCGCUCCUCAAUACUCCUCGCCCCCGGAGAACGAGUCGACAUUCUUCUCGACCUCUCCUCCCUCCCCUCCUCCUCCUGCCGCCACAUCCUCCUCCUCAACACCGCGCCCGCGCCCUUCCCCGCGGGCGCAGGCAGCAUGGGCAGCAUGAUGGGCGGGCCCAUGGGGCGGGUGGCUCGAGGCAUGGGCAAGGUGCUGGGCGGGACAGGGAGGGCAGUGGGGAAGGCAGUGAGGAAGGUGACGGGGCGGAAGAAGGUGGUGACGGCCAAGCAGGGCGUGGGGACGGUGAUGAUGUUUAAGGUGGUGCAGGAAGCUGCUGUGGCACCGCCCGCUGUGCCGACCACUCUGCAGGCCAUUCCCCCCAUUGACCUCUCGCAAGUGUCUCGGGUGCGCUAUCUCACUAUCACCGCCUCCCUUGCUGCGCGGAGGAGCGCCAUCAGGGGGCGCAUGGGGAUGGGCAUGGGGGGAGGCGGGAUGGGAGGCGGAGGAGGAGGCAUGGGAGGGGGAGGCGGAAUGGGGGGCGGAGGAGGCAUGGGUGGCGGAAUGAUGCGGUUCAUCAUCAAUGGCAAGGGCUUCAUGGAUGCUGCCACAGAGGUAGCUGCAGCAGGCGCGUCGGAGCUAUGGCACAUAGUGAACACGGGCUCGCACGCGCACCCCAUUCACAUCCACCUGGUGCAGCACCGCCCCAUCUCCCACCGCCCCUUCAACGCCUCGGGCUUCCUUAAAGGCUCGUGUGCGCUGAGCGGCAGCAGCAGCAGCAAGCCGAGCUGUUACACCGGGGGUGCGGAGGCGGUGGGGGCGUGGGAGAGCGGGUGGAAGGACACGACGCUUGCGCUGCCUGGGCAGGUGCUGAAGCUGCUUGUGAGGUUCACGGCUCAGGAUGGGUCGGCGUUUCCGUUUGAUGCGACUGUCGGUCCGGGAUCCAUCGGCGCGCAGCAGACAUCACGCGAUCUUCCCGUCAAUCUGCAACGUGGCACGGCGCCUUCCCGCGCCGCGCUAGCGCGGAAUUCCGCGAAUGUCACCCGAAUUCAGAUCCUCUCGAAUCACACCGUCCGCUCUGAUUCCGACAGUUGUACACCUCACCAGCGCGAACCGCACAGCGGGCAAGAACACUCGUGCAGCAUUUGCAAGGCAAAUUCAUGGGCUUCGCUUGUAGCUCAGCCCGCUAUCAGCGCGUUUGCACGCGCGAGUGUCAUGGCCGCGGCCGCAUGUUCUUCCUCCGCCUCCCUCGCCGCUGCAGCGGCAGGGACCAGAGGCUUGCGCGAUGAGAGCGAGUUUCGUGGCUCGACUGCGCCCACGCCCUUCACGUCUUUCCAUGGCCUCCGCGCGCAGUCCUCCCAUUCGCCGCUCGCGCUCCGCCCGCGUACUCAGCAGCCCCGCAAAUCCGGAGUCCGCGAUCCGCUGGAAUCCGUGCGCGGGGUGUCGGUAGUGGCGAAGCAGCGCGGCACGCAGAGGAUCGCGAAGACGCAGCGCGGCACGCAACGCGGCACGCAACGGGGCACGAAGCGCGGCACGCAAAUCCUUCCGCGGAAGGGCAGAGCGGAGGAGCUCCCACCGUCAAGGGGAACCCUCAUCUUCCGCCGAAGAGAUUCAGAGGAUAGCGCCGCCAGUCGCGGCGGCGCGCAACAGGACGAAGCCGCGGCGGUCCCCGCGCGGCCCGAGGAGCUCCCCGCGUCGCCCGGGCUGUUCUACCCGGUGGCACGGCUGGCGUCGCUGCUGCUCGGCCCUCCCGGCCCUGACGCGAAGACGGUGUUCGUGUCGGGCGGCGCGGCGGGCCCGACGGCGUCACGCGUGGUGGCGGAGCUGCUGGCGGCGGGGUUCAAGGUGCGCGCGGGCGUUGAGGAGGCGGAUAAGGACGCGAUGAAGCAGCUGCUGGCGCAACUCAAGCCGCAAAUUUGCGCGGACGACGCCAAGCGGCUGACCCUGGUUCAGUACUCCGCCCGCGACGCUGAAUUCACCGCGCAGGCGAUGGCGGGAGCGCGCACGGUCGUCGUCACGCUGGGGCGCGCGGAGAACGGCGCGGGAAGUGCGGGGGUGGUCUCCCCGCAGGACGCGCUGGACCUGCUGCGCGCGGCGGAAGCCGCCCGCGCGGGGCGGUACGUGCUGCUGACGGACUUCGCGCAGGGCUCGGGCGCGCGGGACGGCAGCGUCGUCUCCUCCAUGCUCGCGUUCCUGGGGUCAAUUGGGCGGCGCGGCGUGUCGUAUUCGGGGCUGGCGAUGGCGCUGGCGGACAGCGACAUGUCAUACAGCAUCGUGCGAACGGGGUUCUGCGACGGCGUGCCCGACAGCUUCACGGCGCGCUCGCAGCUGGUGGUGGGCGCGGAGGGCAGCAUCAACAGCGGCAAGAUAUCGCGCGUGCAGGUGGCGCAGCUGGUGGCGGCGCUGCUGAGCGAUCCGGAGAUGGCGCGAGAUAAGGCCUUGGACGUGGUGGCGAGUGAGAGUGCGAAGGCCAUCCCCCUGCGCGACAUGCUCAGGUGCGCUGCUGCUGCUACCCACACCACGUGGAUGAGAGUGGUGUGA